UGUGUGUCUGGGUUGUUGUUUCACUUCCUGAGGUGGAAAGGCAGUGGCUUCAUUUGUUCACACAUUGGACUGAUUUGUUAAAAUGUCCUGUACACAGUGCAUGCACACUUUUUACUCUGGUGCAAACACAGUCUUCAUGAUACAUUAACACGUUGGAAAAUGAAAGUAAUUAUUUUUAGCCUUAAUUAAUAAUACAAAAAAUAGUUUGGUAUAAUUAAUUUGUUUUUGUAUAAAACACCUGAGGUAAUAAAUGCACAAACACGCAACACAUUACACAAAAAUGACUUUAUCAUACUCGAGGUGAAAACUCUCUGCUUCAGUGCUAGUCUCUUAGGGUUUAUUAUAUUUAGGGAGCAUGUCGAGUAUUUUCUUUUAGAUUCAUUAAAGUGUGUAUUUUUUUUAUCUUUCUUUGUCUGUGUUUUUUUCUCCAGUUCAGAAGGAGGGACAAUUUUAGGAAUAAAGAGGAAACAAAAUGUGUUCACACAUACAGUACAGCGUCAGCACAUCAUCACACUUGCAUCAUCAGCUCGUUUUAACCACAGUCUCUUUGUCUCUCACGCUUUUAUUUAGUCAUAGUUUGGUUGCUGGACAUGAGGGUUGAGAAAGCACAAAUCUUUCCAGUAAUGAUGUUCCUCAAAAUGGCUUCUCCACUUCAUCUGGUCUUUCUGUUCAUGAUCUCAGGGGCUCUUGGGAAUGAAUGGAGUGUGACAUACAGCGAAACAAAACUCUGUGCUUUAAAUGGAUCUACAGUGUUUAUGAACGUCACGUACACACACCCAACACGUCUUACAGUGACGAACAGGUUUUGGUUAAUAAACUCAUUUCAGGGUAAAGAACCGACUGAUCUGCGUAAUGAAUCAGGUUACUCAGACAGAGUGGAGUAUUUAGGAGAUGAACAGAAACACUUCCCCCUCAGACUGAGUGACGUGAAGAAAUCAGAUGAACAGAAGUACUGGUUCAGAAUCAUAACAAAUGAAGCAAAAGAAAGAUACCAGGGUGAACCUGGAGUUACACUCACUGUUACAGAUCUUCAGGUGAUCGCUCCUGCAGAAGUGACAGAGGGACAAUCAGUCGUUCUGAUCUGUAAAACCACCUGCAGUCUGACUGAUCCAACAUUCAUCUGGUACAAAAACAGACGUGAUUUAACCACAAACACCCCCAAGAGCAAUGAACUCCACCUGCAGCCGGUCAGCAGUGAGGAUGCAGGCAGUUAUAGCUGUGCUGUAAGAGGAUAUGAACAUCUCCCCUCUCCUGAUCAAACCCUCAGAGUCAGAUAUCCUCCAAAGAGAGUCUCAGUGUCCAUCAGCUCCUCUGGUGAAAUAGUGGAGGGCAGUUCAGUGACUCUGACCUGCAGCAGUGAUGCUAACCCACCUGUGGAGAACUACACCUGGUUUAGGGUGAAUGAAUCGUCACCUGUAGGAUCUGGACAGAGUUACGGAGCACUACAGAGUGGACAGUACUACUGCGAGGCUCAGAAUCAACACGGCUCUGAGAGAUCAGCUGCAGUGUCCGUCACUUUAAACAGGGUUCAGAGCUUAGGUGUGUACGCAGGUGUAGGGGCUGUUGUGUUUGUGUGUGUUUGUCUCAUCAUCACCUUCCUGUUUAUAAGAGCAGAAGCAGGAGACAGAAGAAAAAGGCAGAUGAAGGUGACUAUCAGAACAUCGGGCCGAGCGCUAAAGACGACACGUACGCAGCUCUCGACCUCGCGGGCCGGACAUCUGAUGAUGUGUAUCACACACUUGCAAAUUCUCAUCCCAGUCCUCCUGCUGACACGCCCACUUCCUCUGACUAAAGAGCAGAACAUGAUGAAUGAAAUGAGUCCUGAAACAGCUGAUGAAUAGAGAGAGCUCCUCACUGAAGUGGAUAAACUGAAUCGCUCCUUUACACCAGCGACAUCAGCAUCUUACAGCCAUUUAAAGCAGCUUUAAUCAUUUUAUAGCAGUGUGUGAAGUACUUUUUCUACUGCCAGCAGGUUAGGACUGUUCCAGUCAGCUGUAGAGUUUUCACUCAUUAGUUAUCGCUUCUUUAUUGUGAAUAUUGUAACUGAAUUAAGGGAUUGAAGCUCAACUGAAGUCCAGAAUGGAAAUAUAUUUAGCAGAGAAUGUGUAUUUAGUGAGAAAUAAAACUAAUUAUGAUGUAUUAACUUUCUCAGAACUGUACGCUGUAGGUCAGUGUUAUAGAUUUAAGCAGCUAAUGUGUCAGUGCUGAUUGAUCUAAAGUAAUUACUGCUAUAAACUCAUUUAAAGUAGUGAAGUGAUGUUUUAUUUACUGUUGACGGUGUGAGUGGCCAUGUUGGUCUGAUGUCAUGUACUGAACUCGGGGUUGAGGAGACCUUCCUGACUUUCUGAGUUGAGGGGCCGUUUUCUUGUUUUUUUUUUUUUGUUUUUUUUUUUUGCUUGUUUGUUUUUGUUGUUUUGUUUUUUUGUUUUGUUUUUGUGAGGUAUGAGCUUCAUUCAAACACAGCAUAAGGUCCUGAUUGUCAGCCAGUGAUCCUGGAAUAGACUCCUGAUUCACUGUGACUCUGACCAGGAUAAAGCUCUUGUAUAUAUUGCAGUAGAGCUAUUAAUCAUUAUUCAGCUUACGCAAUCUCACAUACACAAGCAAGACAGAGUAAGAACAAUCCAGAAGUGUAUUAACGUAUGUUUAAUGUAUUUUAUAUUAAGCUUAAAAUGUUGAACUGUAUUAUCUUAAAAUUAAAGAAGUUUAUUAUCUGUUUAUUGUAACUGUGACACAGCAGUGAGCAUUUUAUCUGUGACACAGUGUUCAUGUUGAAAAUUAAAUUGCUGCUUUAUCCA